AAAAUUGCAAUAUAUAUAUAAAUAAAAAUUAAAAAUUUCUUCUUUUUUUGUACUUUUAGACCUUCAUUUUAGCUUAAGUUAAAAAUUAUUAGUAUAAUACAGAUACAGAAAAUAAGGAUCAUUACACUUUUGUCAUCAAAAUUUAUCAACGUUUAGCAUUUCUUUCGUUUUCUGCUGAAGAGGUUCAUUUAAUUUGACCAUUGCCUUCUUUUGUAUUUAUGCUGUAUGUGGAAGAAUUGAGCAAAAGGAUAAACGAGGGAGUUAUUUGUUGCGAUAUACACAGGGUGACAAUUUGAUGUGAUAUUUAAAGCAACUAAUGCUAUGUUGCUUUUGACGAUUAAAUUGGAAUGUUUCUGUAAAGUAAACAUUUUAUUAGCAAAAAUACAAAACAAUGCCAACAAAAAGAGCAUGAACAAUUUAACACUAAAAAAAGAAGUGUGAAAAAAGUUGUGUUAACCAAGAUGACAGCGGAUGAAUUUUACACGUUAUUUCCUGCUACAUAAAAGGAGCUGGGAAAAAAUUCCCAAUUGGACAGCAUAACCCAUAAGACAGGAAACAUAAACUGAUUUGAAGAAGCCACUAACAAUGGAAGGGUGUAAAUUCAUGCUUGCAGGCCAAGGUUGCUUUUGCGAUAAUUGUCAAGGAGGAUUCACAGUUGAUGAAGAAGACAAUCCAACACCAGCUAAACCUUGUGCCAAUGAAACUGCGACAACAUGCGGGAUAGUCGUUAAUACACUUGCUUCAGAUAUUUCAGCACAAGAUCUUUCAGAAAAAGAUAUUUCAGCAAAGAAAGUUCCAAGUAGGACGAAACUCAAGGAAGCCGAAUCAGAAGAGGCAAUUUCUUGUGAUGAACUGAGUACAAGGCAAAAGUCUAUUACAUACCAACAAGAAGUUUCAGUGUAUGACACAACACUUACUGGUGCUGGUACUGAAGAGGGUGAUAUUAUUGAACCGGACCCAGGUGCUUUAAAAGAACCACCUCCAGAAUGUGCUGAUGUGAUUGGAAAACAAUUAGCUGAUCUUGGCGAUGAUUAUCCACUACGGCCUACUGUUGAUGUAUGUGAGGAUUCACAAUUUACAUAUAAAGAUAAAUCUGGAAAGAUCAGGGGUCUCAGCUUGGGAGGUACUGGUGGAGCAGUCUUUGAUCCGUAUCUUUUGGCAGAUAGAACUCUAGGAUGUAUGCUUUUAAAAAAACUUGGUAUCUGUCUGUGUGGACAAGAUGAGGAUGUUGGAAAUGUGGUGUACAAAAGUGUUGAUUUUGGAAUUGAUUACGCCUCGGUUUAUUACCCUCCACCUUGUAAAGCUGCAAAAAAAGGCUUGGAAGCAGAUUUCACGAUGAAUAUUGUAAAUCUGGUUCUAUACCCUGCAACAGCAGAGUAUUACUUGAGAGAUGGAGGUGGGCAAAUAUUUCUGACAUGGAGUUACAUGUCCAAUCCUGAACCUCACUUUUCACAGUUAGUCGAAAUUUGUGAUCCUGUGUUUUGUACACAAACAGUGUAUUCUGGAAACGCCACUCGAGGUUUUCUUCAUUAUCUGGCUCAUCAUGGCAUACCAAUAAAACUAUUCCAAUACAACAAGGGCAGGACAACUCUAUUAGGAGAAGGUGUUAUAAACACUCAACCUGUAUUUCAAUAUCCUGGAAAACAUGUCUACAUAGUAACAAAAAUUGUCGGAGGUGCAACAAUAGGAAUUCUCCGAGGCUGGUAUGAGUUGGAUUGUGUAUUGGACUUAAUAUAUGAAUAUUUGGAUUAUGCUAGAGAAGAGCAUCAUAGAUAUGCAAUCUUGGCCGCUCACACUGGUCCUAGGCUGAGAAGAGUUGAUGAAACUAAACUUGGGUCAGGUGAUGAGUGUAUUACCAGGCAUGAAGUCUUAAUGGAAACGGAGCGCUGGAUUUUAGAUAAACAAAUAAGAAAAGUAAAUAACCAAUUAGUAGGCAGUACACAACCAUACCAACUUCCACCUGGUGAAGUGAUUGUCCAUUUUCAAGACCUGGAUGAGUGCAACUCUUAUGAAUAUUCUAAGCGAUUUGAAGCAUAUCUGUUUAGCGAUGGAGGACAACUUAUCCGACCUGCUGAGGUGUGUGAACCUAUUCCGAGGCCAUGUGAUGCAGAAGAAGAAGAAGGUGCUCCACCAGAAGAAGAAGAAGGAAUGCCUUUGGAGCCUCUUCCUCCACCUGAACCAACGGAGGUUCCUCCGCCGCCACUUCCAGAGCCACCUCCGCCUUUACCUCCAGCUGAAUAUGUCGUAGAUGAAGGUGAUGUAGAGCCUCCAGGACCUCGUGAAUCGCCAACGCAAAGAGCAGCACCACCACCACCUCCUACACAAGAUUUUGUAUCAACUGGUGACCUAGAAGCUAUGUACAGAAAUCGAAUAAAAUAUCCUCCAAGAUACACAUUCCGAAGAUUGAUAAGAAGGACCAUCCGGGAAAAGUUUUUUGCAGGAUGUAAAAUGUGCCUAGGGAACAGAAAUAUAAUGUUUAACGUCUAUGACAUGCAGAAAGCACAGGAUGUUGGAUUUUUCUGCGCAAAUUAUUUAACUACAGAAGCAGAUGAAAUGGUUAUUGAAAUAAUUCGGUUGGAGUUGGACACUGAUGUCGUCGAUGAAUUGCAAGACUGUUACGAGGCCCUUUUUGUUGAUUUUGCCUUCCUCGGUCACAUAAUGGCAGAAACUUUAGGCUACCCUCCUGCUUCACGCAUUAUGUACAGAACUCAAAAUAAAACAUCUUUAGGGUUUUGCUUUUCAAGAAAUUUUAACAUGAAGGAAAGAAGCAUUUUAAAAGAGAUGUUACGACCGACUGGCAAAAUAACAUCUACAGUAAUAAGAUUUUUGGUUGUGGGAGACCCUGGUGACGAUCCAAAUGUUGGAGGCAGAUGCUGGGAUAUUGCAUUUGCAGAUUUACGGUUGCGUUCUUUGAUACAGAAGAAGAGAGGCGUUGCGAAGAAGAUCGCCUUACCUGUUUAUUCUUUUACGGACAAAAGAAUCGGAAAGCUCGUCGUCCGUAUAUUUGGACGACGUCUCAUGAGAUGUAUUUUUAAAGAGAGAACCCAAGGGCCUUGUGUUCCCGUCUUUUGAACGCGGAUGAGAAGCCAAUCUGUAUCGAAACGGGUGCCGCUCGUGGCCAAUAGGUCAAAAUAUAAACAGUUGCGAGCUUACUAUGGCUACAUUGUGAAUUGUAACUAUAAAAGAGGAAAAACACCUUUUAGAUUGUUUAUAGCUGAGAACAGCAGAUUAGAUCAAACUAAAUAACAACCAAAAGUGAAUACGGCUGUGAUUUAAGGCUGGCCGUUCCCAGACUUGUAUCAUUACUUCUUCAAGAUGAUGGCCUAUGUCUAGUAUUUAUAUAAACCGUGAUGUCCGCCGGAAAGGGACCGGGAGAAUGGGCAUAAUCGAACAUUAGUCCACAGUUCGACCGUCCCUGAUCUCCCUGGUCCGCCUAUUCUCGAUGUAUUGAGUAGCUGUUAAAACGUUACCGGCCCUGUUCACGGAUGCUGGGAGUAAACUCUAAGAGGUUUCUGGCACGGGUCAAGUCAGCAAAUUUUCCACGGGGAACAGACCAGUGUAAAGAAUCACAAGAAAAGCGUAGCGGUUCAUCAGUAUAUCUGAUUUUUCUUAAACCGACGUUUGAGAUCAAUAAACACUUACGCUUCAGCAUUGGUCGGUUUCGAUUCAUCAUGGUGUCGGCACAAUGAGACAAAAUAAAAUAUAUUUUCAUUACUUAA